AUGGCUCCUCAUGUUCGUGGUGGAAGAGGAAGCGGAAGAGGGAAGAGGGGACCGAAGUCUCCGGUGAAGCGACCCACUGUCGUCCCUACUCGACCCACAUCUUCCGGUGUGUCGAGUCGAAGACCAAGGAGCCUUCUGUCGCAGUAUGAGUUCACGCCGGCGAACCCUGAAGAUCCAAAUCAUGGGACUGAGCAUCCGCCGAAUCGUCAGCCUUCACCGCAACUGAGUCUAAGAGACUAUCCACCUCCGCUGCAGCUUUUCCAGUCGGGCGAAGGAUCUCAGCAUGCAGCUGGUGGAUCUCCUCGGGGCUCUGGAACGACUCCGUUUCGAGCAUCUGUCUCCUCUGUUCAUCGUUUAGCAUCCGGAUCUCCCCGUGCCUCUCAGUCUCCAGCUCCAGUUCAGCCUCCAGCGCCGGUUCCUUCUCCAGUGGUUAAUCAACAACGACCACCAAGAGCCUCUCUGUCUGGUCACAGUUCUCAAGCUCAGAACGUUGAAGAAGAAGAAGCUGCAUCGGAUGAAGAAGCUGAUGAUGAAACUACAUCGGAGGAUGAAGGUUUGAGGGAUUCAACACUUCCAGAAGAUGUCCUCGCGACUUUACAUGAUACGCUUCUCAUCCCAGGCCGUGAGCUCUAUACUACUCUCAUCUCUCCGACUUUAGAGCCUGGGACGACAUGGUUUGGUAAGGAUAAGGGUAAGCUGACCCGGAAGGUCACCAAGUGUUUUACUAACAAGUUUGAUGGACCAUACUACAAUUGGAGUUGUGUGCCAAUUGGAAGAAGAGAAAGAUACUUUCUUGAAUUCGCUGUAAGCUUCUAUCCCUCUUCUACUACUGUAUUUUCAUAUUGUAUUUUGAUAACUAACAUCUGCUUCACUGUCCUCUUGUUUUGGUAGAAAACACACACCUGGCAUCCCUCAGUUACAGGUGUGGUUGAAGCCAAGUUCUACAAGAUCAUUGCACUGCGUAUGAAAGACAUGGUUAGUAAGGCAGGGUCAAAAAGCCCAAGAGUGAGGCCGUAUUGGAUUGAGAAAACUCUGUGGAGAGAGAUGUGUAAGUAUUGGGAUACUGAAGAAGCCCAAGCCAAGAGUUCAACCACAUCAGCAGCUAGGAUGUCUGACCGUAAUGGUCUUG